AUGGCUGCCCGCACGCUCGAGACACGCUUUGAACGGUUGGCCGUCCACGAUGAGAACGACAGCGGCGAGGGCACUACUCGACUCUAUGCCAAGAGCAAGACCACGGCGACAUCCACAUCCACGUCGGCGGCGCACUUCCCCCAGGGCAGUUCCCGGACAAACUUGUACAAGGUCGCCCUUCAGUCGCAGGCUCACAGUCACAGCACCGUUGCGGCCGUGACGCUUCCCUCGCAAGCGGCCCAGCGGAAAGCCAACAACCCGGCUUCCCCGACGCGCAAGCCGCUGCCCUCGACAGCAUCAUCAGCAUCAGCGGCAGCGGCAGCGGCAGCAAGAGCCUCUUCGGUCGAGGAAGCCGACGACUCCGAUACCAAGGCUGCCGCCGCCGCCGCCGCCGCUCUGGUCCAGCAGCCCCGGGGACCGAAGCAGUUCCACCUAGGCAUGUUCGAAAUCGGCCGCCCCCUCGGCAAGGGCAAGUUUGGCCGCGUCUAUCUCGCCCGCGAACGAAGCAGCGGCUUCAUCUGCGCCCUCAAGGUGCUGCACAAGAACGAGCUGCAGUCCGGGGGCGUGGAGCGCCAAGUGCGCCGCGAGAUUGAGAUCCAGAGCAACCUUCGCCAUCCCAACGUGCUGCAGAUGUUUGGCCACUUCCACGACAACAAGCGCGUCUUCCUGAUCCUCGAGUUUGCCGGCAAGGGGGAGCUCUACAAGCACCUCCGCAGGGAGAACCGCUUCCCCGAGUGGAAGGCCGCGCAGUACAUUGCCCAGAUGGCGUCGGCCCUGAGAUAUCUGCACCGCAAGCACGUCAUCCACAGGGACAUCAAGCCCGAGAACAUACUGGUGGGCAUCCACGGGGAGCUCAAAAUCUCAGACUUUGGCUGGAGCGUGCACGCCCCCAACAACCGGAGGAAGACGCUGUGCGGGACCCUGGACUAUCUGCCUCCCGAGAUGAUCAAGUCUGGCGGCUCCGACAACUACUACAACGAAAAGGUGGACUUGUGGAGUCUUGGUGUCUUGACCUACGAGUUUCUGGUCGGCGAGGCCCCGUUCGAGGACACGAUUGUCAUGACGCACCGAAGGAUUGCCAGGGCAGACAUGACCAUUCCGUCCUUUGUCAGCCGGGAGGCCAGUGACCUGAUCAAGAGGCUUCUCGUUCUGGACCCCGAGAAGAGAAUCUCGCUAGACCAAGUGCAGGUUCACCCUUGGAUCGUAAAGCAUUGCGUCAAGGGGGAGCGGGCUACGAAUCGCGAGAAGGGAUGCUGA